AUGGCGCAGGCAGGCUUUGGGAGAAGAUACUUCAAAGCGUUUGUUAGCGGCUUCUUUGUAGCCGUCCCCGUGACGGUGACUGUUUUAGAUCGUCUCGCCUAUGUGGCUCGUGUGGAUGGUGCCUCCAUGCAGCCGUCUUUGAAUCCUGAAGGUGGGUCGUCGCCUGACGUUGUGCUCCUCGACCGUUGGAGUGUAAGGAACUAUCAGGUGCAACGAGGAGACAUUGUGUCUGUUCUGAGUCCCAAAAACCCUCAGCAGAAGAUCAUCAAAAGAGUCAUAGGGAUUGAAGGUGACUUCAUCAAGACCCUAGGAUAUAAAAACCGUUAUGUAAGAGUUCCAGAUGGACAUCUAUGGAUUGAGGGAGAUCAUCAUGGCCACAGUUUUGACAGCAACACAUUUGGACCGGUUUCGCUUGGUCUUGUUCACGGCCGGGCUUCUCACAUCAUUUGGCCACCUAACCGAUGGCAACGAAUUGAACCGUCUCUACCCCUUGACCGGAGACCACUGCUAAACUGGGAUGGAGAGGAUGGCGAUCAUUCCAGUGCUGUGCCCUCAGGCCAGCGUUUCCAAUGAAAAUGUCCCUCGCCCAGAGAGUUCUCCUGACAUGGAUCUUCACGUUGAUCUUCCUCAUUAUGCUGGUCCUGAAGCUGGACGAGAAAAUCCACUGGAG